GUUCUGCUUGAAGCUGGAGCAAACGUUAAUGCAAAAACAGAUGAUAAGAUUACACCUCUACAUUUAGCGUCUCAAAAUGGCUUUUUAGAGUUAGUAGACAUUUUACUAAAAGCAAAAUCUAAUGUUAAUGCUAAGGAUUAUGAGAAUCUUACACCUCUACAUUUAGCAGCAGAACGUAAUCACUUUGGAGUAGUUAAGUCUCUUCUUCUCGUAAAGGGAAUUGAUGUUAAUGCUAAAGGCCACGAUAAUUCCACAGCUUUACAUAUAGGAUCUCAGAAUGGUCACUUAGAAGUAGUGAAGCUACUAAUAGAGAAAAAAGCCAAUGUUAAUGCUAAAAAAAACGAAGGUUUUACACCUUUGCAUCUAGCAAUUCAGCAAAGUCAUUUCGAGGUGAGUGAUUUUUUAAUUAAAAAUGGAGCAAACAUUAACACCGUGGAUGAUCAGAAUUGGACUCCUUUACAUAAUGCAGCAUAUAAUGGUUUUUCUUUAAAAAUAGUAGAGAGCUUAAUUGCAAAAGGAGCAAAUAUAAAUGCAAAGAUGGAUGAUGGUAGAAGAGCUCUACAUUUGGCAGCAGAACAUAAUCACUUGGAAAUAAUGAAUUUCUUGAUUGAAAAUGGAGCAGAUAUUAAUGCUCUAGAUAACAGAAGUUGGACUCCUCUACAUUGUGCAGCAUAUGAUGGUAGUUUAGAAGUUGCUAAAUCUUUGCUUGAUAAAGGAGCAGACAUUAAUGCUAAAACAGUUAAAAGUACUACACCUCUACACUUUGCAGUAGACCAUGAUCAUUUAGAGGUGGUUGAAUUGCUCUUAGAAAAGGAAGCAGAUAUUAAUGCUUUAGAUCACACAAAUUGGACUCCUUUACAUUUUGCAGCAGAAAAAGGUUAUGAUCAGAUAGCAACCGUUCUAUUGAAACAUGGUGCUGAUGUAAAUGUAAAAGAAAAUCAAAAUAAAGGCACAGCCCUACAUCUUGCAGCUCAAUAUGGUCAUCCUAAGGUAGUUAAAACUCUUAUUAUAAAUGGAGCGGAUGUUAAUGCAAAAAUGGAUAAAAAUGCUACGCCUUUACACUUAGGGGCACAAAUUGGUAAUUUAGAUAUAGUUAGGUCUCUACUUAUGAGCGGAGCAUACUUUAAUGCUAGAGCUGAAGGAGGUAGAUAUGUUUUACCAUUACACUUUGCAGAAAGAAGAGGAAACCCAGAAGUCAUAAAAUUACUAAAAUUGGUUGAGAAGUUAUUUAAGGCUAUAGAAGAUAAUAAUUAUUUAGGAAUUGAGAGUUUCAUUAGAGAUGGAGCAAUCAUUGAUUCGAAAAACGUGGAUGGAAGAACGCCAUUACAUUAUGCUGUUAAUAAUGGGCACAUAAAAGUUGUAAAUAUCUUGCUAGCAAAUGGAGCUGAUGCUACUAAAGUUACUAACAAAGGUAAUACACCAUUACACACUGCUGCUUCCAAAGGUCAUAAAGAAAUUAUUGAAGCUUUGUUACAACGUGUAAGCCACAAUAAAUUGAGUGAUUUUAUUAAUGCUAAAACAAUAGUUAAAGGCACUGCAUCGUUGCAUGUUGCUACUGAAAAUAGCUUUUUUGAAGCUGUAAAGUCUUUGUUGAAACAUGGUGCAAUUUAUAACAUCAAGAAUAAGGAAGGUAAAAUACCACUUGAUCUUUCUCGAGACCAGAAUAUUACUAACCUAUUGAAAUUAGUAGAAGAGCUGUUUGAGAAUGCAAAAAAUGGUAAUGUUGAAAUUAUCAGUAAGCUGAAAGCAAUAAAACCUGAUGAGCGCGUAGCUGUAACAAAUGCUCGUAAUGAUCAAGACAAGUCAUUAGUCCAGGUUGCAGUAAUCAAUAAACACUCAAACCUUGCAAGUAGAUUAUUAGAAAUAUUAAAAAGUCCAGAUCAGAGUUUACAAGAUGUCAGCGUAGAAAAUCGAGUAAAGAGUUUAAAGUUAUAGCUCUCUUAAAUGAAACUCUAAUGAGGGUGACAAGAUCUAGAAAAUAUACAAAAAUUUUGUUACAAAAUAGUGAAAUUUAGGAGGAUUUUAAAAAUAUGCUAAAUAAUAAUAUUAACAAAGAAUUAGAAAAAGCAGUCUAUGAACGAAACUUAGAAAAAGUUAAAGCUCUUUUGUCUGCAGGUGCUAAUGCUAACCUUAGAGUAGAAAGGAAUAGAGAUACGUUACUUCAUACUACUAGUAGUGUAGAAAUUACUAAAGAGCUUUUGUUAGGUGGUGCUGAAGUCAAUUCAAGAAACAUGUAUAGUGAAACUCCACUACAUUCUGCUAUAACACUGGGGAAGGAAUUAGAAUUAGUUAGAGAACUUCUGAAACAUGGUGCUGAUGUAAAUGCAACAAACCGUAAAGGCAAUACUGCACUGAACCAUGCUGUAAAAAAAAGUGGUAAAAAUCUGGGAGUAGUUAAAGAACUAUUAGAAUAUGGAGCUGAUAUUAACAUAAGAAAUCGUGAACGACGGCUUUAUGAUAAUUGUUCCACAUCUUUAGAUAACGCUGUAAGUGAUCUAGCAUGCACUAAAUUGUUGAUUAAAUUUACUUUAGUAAGGAACUUCAAUAAGGAUUACGGAAAAAUUAUUGAC